GCUUCUAUUACUUAUUUCUUCCUUGUCAUGGCACUAACUGGUAAACUUAGUAUUGAACUUGGUGUCCAUUCAUCCGCUGAUAAGUUCUUCAAUCUCUUCGCAAAGCAACUCCACCAUAUUCAAAACCUCUGUGAUAGAGUUCAUGGAACCAAGCUGCAUCAAGGGGACUGGCAUAGCGUUGGCUCGGAAAAGCACUGGACUUAUACCAUAGAUGGCAAGGUGACAACAUGUAAGGAGAAUAUUGAAUCCAUUGACGAAAGGAACAAAACAAUCACAUACAUCCUCUUCGAUGGAGAAAUCGAUCAGAACUAUAAGAUCUUUAGGCUCAUCUUGCAAGUUAUUGCUAGGAAUGAUGGCGGUGCUAUUGUUAAAUGGACUAUUGAAUAUGAGAAGACCAACGAGGAUGUUGACCCUCCAUUUGGCUACAUGGAGUAUUUCACCAAAGUUACCAAAGAUGUUGAUGUUAAUCUUCUCAAGGCAUAGCUCCAAAAGUUAUGAAAAAAUAUCAAAUCAGAAAUAAUGGGCUUGGCUUGGGGAUAAGUGCUUAUCUAAAUAAUCAGUGUGAAGUUUGACAUGAAAAUUAAGGAUGUUUUCUUUUUAUGUUGAUCUUUUGUUUGCAUGGAAUAAAAUUGAAGAUGAAUGUCAUGAUGUCUUGAAGAGUGUGU